CUGUCGUCAAUCACCGCGGGAGAUAGGAAAGAUGUUUGAUCGAGGCUAUUGAGAAUGAUAGCGGCUUCUGUCAUGGCGCUUGCCUUGGGGUUAACAGCUAGAUCGCACUGCGUCUGCGGUGGCUCCACCGACUGCCCAAGAUCCCAGAACUGGGGAUUAUCAUAAGGAAUGCCAGCAGGAAUCUGCCAGGGCACUUGUAGGUACCAGUCGGAUGAGGACAAAACAAAUCCUAUCUCAUCACGAUACACCUGCAGCCCAUAAACAACAAUGUUUACGUGGAAAUCAUCCGUCUUUCCUCGACAUGCCCAUGUAGAUAUGGCUUCCGACAGCUCAUUCCCCGAGACCAGCACUUCGUAUUGGAGCUUAUCAAGGUGGGAUAAGGCGUGCAUCAAUCGGGUGAUUUUUGAGUUUAGUACGGCAAAGUCCUUCCCAGCAGUAUGCUGGAGGGCGAUAUGGUUGUCUUUCUCGAUCAUCGAGAGGCGCCACAAGGUCUCUGAGGAAUUGUGGGUGAUACCGAAUGUACCCUCGAGUAUCUGCACGUCGUCUUUUAACCGCGCCUUAACGUCGCAUAACUAUGGAAAGUAUUAUACUUCGUUAGAGAGACCUUUAGGGGCGGAUUUCCAUAGAGAGACUAUACCAUGCCGAAGCAAACGAUGUCGGGCUCUGUCCUGGUUUCCCCCACGGUGCUGUCCCAAUGCAUCUCGUCGCCACUGGUCGAAUUGAUUGGAGGAAGCGGUCCCCCGGCAUUAUGAGUUUGGCCAACAUAAUUAUCAAAGGUAUCGAAGAUGAAGGGAGAUGGCAAAGGGGAAUGUGAGUGAGAGUGACAGUAAGAGGGGUCACUUGGGCUUGGGCUCGUUUCUGAAGAGGGGAAAAGUGGCGGCCUGAGGCUCGUGUUGGCGUCUGGUUCCUGCCUUUUCGACGGACUCUCCCACCCUUCUUCAACCUCCCAGAUUCUCCGUUUUGUCGACUUGGUAUGCCUCAUUUCGCAUUGUCAUAGAAGGCUAAAUCAAGGAAGAAGAUAAUUUCCAAUGGUGUCAACUGUCGGAGCAGGAGUUUUCGAGAUGCAGGUCCUUUUCUUUUUCGCUCAGCCCCGAUGCCGAGAUUGCUGCGGAUUCCAAAGCAGCCUUGUUCGCCUGACUGUCACACAAAGUGUGGCGCAGAAGGAGCCUACGACACGUCUCAGCUUUGUUCGUGUUGGAUCAAUUGCCUUCUUUACAGUUUCUCUUAAUCUCACAUAUCCCUGGUCUGCAAAAUCGUGGUUCAGUUGCGCGCCAGCAUUGCUACUAUGGCGUCUACUAUGAGCUCUCCCAUCGACGAUUCAGCGUUCAAACAAGCGGUGGAAAAGUUUCGGGGCAAAUUAACGCCGGAACAAGCGCAGGACUUCCAGCUCACGACCAUCGAUGACUUGAAAAGCGCGAUUGCGAAGUUGCAGAACCAGCAGAUGUCAGAAAGGAAGUUGAGGAACCUGAAGCGCCUUGAAUCCUUUGUGCUUAGAAUGGGACAAUUUGAGCAAGUUGUCACUGUCUACUUGAACGCAUCCAUGUUUGUGGGCUUCGUUUGGGGUCCCGUGAAAUGUUUGCUACUGACCGCCAGUUCAUAUCAUGCGGCGUUCGACGCCCUGCUUGAAAUGUACGAACGAAUUGGGUUAAACCUACCACAACUGGAACAGUACCAAAGUCUGUUCCAAUCAAAUGCCCAUAUGCGGACAAUUCUCCAUUUGAUUUACGCCGAUAUCCUUCGUUUCCAUAAAAAGGCGUUGAAGUUCUUCAAGCACCCAGUGUGGAAACAGCUCUUUCGCGUUCAAUGGGACAGCUCGAAAGUCAAGUUCUCUCGCAUUAUUGAGAGCUUCCAGUCUCAUAAGAUGUUGCUCGAAAGCCAGGCGAGUCUUGUAGAGUUCACUGAACACCGGAAAUCUGUGGCCGAGAGGGAGGAGAAGUAUCGGCGAGAGAAGGACGAUGAGGAUCGCAGGAAACGAAGGGCGGUGCGCAACUGGUUAAGCGCGGCGAAUUCUGGGGAUGAUCAAGCAAAUUACAUACAUGAGAGUGCAAAUUACCCUGGCACUGGGGAGUGGAUUUUACGUGAUAGUCUUGUGGGCGCUUGGUCCAACCCAUCAAUUAUGACAACGCCGCUUCUAUGGUUAACCGGGAUUCCUGGAGCAGGAAAAACAAUCCUAGCAGCGCGUAUAGUCCAGGAAUUGCAGAAGUCUUCACCUGAAAAGGUCAUUUUCUUCUUCUGCAAACACGGCGAUCAGGAGAGGGAUUCUUUUCUUGCCGUCGCUCGGGGCCUCUUGAAUCAAUUACUGAGACAUAACAAAGCACUGGUACCGCAUUUGUAUGAUUGUGCUACCGAUAGUGCAACAGGCACCUUGACAUCCAUUUUCUCCGCCCAGGAACUUCUCGGUCUCGCCUUGAGAAGUCUGCCGAGUAUCUUUAUUGUUCUCGACGGUGUAGACGAGUGUCCUUCCAAGGAGAGCCGCACUCUCGUCUCCUGGAUUCGAAAGGAGGUGGAGUCAAUCAAUAAUGAUUCUGGCGACGCCCGCUGUCUAUUCGUCAGCCAGGAUGAUCAGAUCUGCAACCAGCUUCUGAAAGACAUCCCUCUAUUGAAGGUAACCAAGGACAGGAAUAUGGGUGACCUUCGAAUUUACUGCGAUUCGCUCAGUAGCUCAUGGGUGGGCUCGUUUCAUUUAUCGGAAGAUCGUCGCAAUGUGAUUGUCCAAUCCAUUGUGGAUAAGGCCGCUGGAAUGUUCUUAUUUGCGAGACUUGUGAUGCAUAACUUAUGCAGCCAAGUAUCAAGGGCAGACUUCAACAGGGAGACGAGCUCAGAGAUUUUACCGAACGGCCUGGACGAAGCAUAUGACCGGAUCAUCACCAGGAUCUUGGUAGGUGACGAACCGCAAGCCAUGUAUGCAAGAAGGCUGCUUGGCUGGCUAGUUUGCGCAAAACGCUCUCUCAAUUGGCAUGAAAUCCAGGGUGCUGUUUCGAUUGACCUCGCCACGAGAACCAUCGAGUUUGAAGAUCGCAGGUUGUCUUUAGAUUCGAAGCAACUACUUGGGUCUCUGAUCGAGCUUCGCGGUAGAGGUACGAUUGAGCUCGUGCAUACAACAGCAAGAUCGUAUCUUCUCAACAAAAAUCUUGUGGUGGAGAGUGAUCAAGCGUAUGACCUACUGAGGUUGUGCUUGGUAUAUCUCAACCACCCCAGCUGCAAUCUCCCCUUUACCGAUCAGGCCCUGACAAAAUACGUCCAGACGGGUCACUACGCAUUCCUUGACUACGCAGUGGCGCACUGGAUAGGUCACCUUGAAGACUGCCUCACACAUAUUACCAGCUACAGUCCUGAUGCUUUCCAAGAUCUCUGUCAUGAGGUUGGGGAGUUCCUCCGUAACCAUGGCCUAGACGGGCCCAAGUGCUCCGUGUCCCGCCAGACGCAAAUCAUAUUGACGCCGUUUGAGAGCACGAUCUUUUAUGAUCAGCUGGUGCGAGGAUUCGAAUACUGGAAAUCUGAGACAACGAUAUCAUGCAAUCGAAGAAGCAGCACCCCGAUCCUGGACUUGAACCGCGUCAUUGAAGCCAUUCGGACAGAGAUUGAAAGUAUGGCCUUAAAGCAGCAUGACUUGCAGAACUUUUAUGGAGAAGGACUAUUCAAAUGCAACCGGCCGUAUUGCCAGCUCUUUGUGGUAGGAUUUACCGACUGGAAUAGUCGAGACCAGCAUCUGCAAGAGCAUGAGCGCGUAUUCAUUUGCAAAGUGCCGGGCUGUCCUGCCUCGCAGCUCGGAUUUGCAAGUCAAGACGACCUCGACUCACAUGAUGUGAGAUGCCAUCAAGCCCCAGUGGAAUCCACUGCGUUUCCUGUGUAUCACGAUCCUGCCUCGAUUGACGUGAAGCACGCCUGUACGACCGGCAACCUCGCCAUGGUUGAACGCUGGGCCGAACAAUUUGGGCCUGACGAGCUAGAGCAGUACGUCUGGGGAAGAGGGGUGUAUAGGGGCCCAGCGAUGGGGUCCGCAAUCGACAAGGAGCAAGUUGGUAUAACCAGGUUUCUUCUGGAUAAAAGCUUGCACCCGGGGAAGCACAUCCUUACUGUGAUAGGGAGAGCCUACCGGGAAAAGCGAUACACAUUCCUUCGAUGCAUUUUUGGUUUGUCACAUAUCAAGCCAGACACUUCGGAGCAAGAUAAAAAGAAUAUUGACAUCUGGGUACGAACGAUGUUUAAACGCCAUGACGAUGCUGAGGCCCAAGAAUUGUUAGAGUAUUUUGGCUCUCAUGGAAUGGGUAUACAACGCGAUUGGAUAGCUACUGCCAUUGAGUAUGACUGCAUGGGCUCCCUAAAAUACUUGACCCGUGCAUUCAAAGGCGAUGACCUGGUUAAGGCGGGUGAGUCAGCGAUGUGUGCGGCUGCGAAUUUUGGUAAAAAGGAGGUCUGUAAGCUCCUGCUUGACCAAGGGCUUUGGCAUCCCGCAACCGCACAAGACCAGAAGCCGUUGGAAAAUGCCUCGAAAAAUGGCGAGGAGGAUAUCUUGCACAUGUUGCUUGACGGGCACCACGACACAAAUGAUUCCCGAAAAUGGCUUCGAAUAUCACAGCUUUAUCAUUCGGCACGGCUCGGAAGGACAGAUACCAUCAAGCAACUCCUUGAGGAUAGAGAGCUGCCACUAGAUCUUAGAGACAGGAAUUAUUGCACUCCAUUGCAACAUGCUGUCCGGAACGGACACCUGGACGUGGUCUCUCUGUUACUGGACUCCGGCCGGGAAGUAAAGCUUAAUCAUGAGAUAGGGAGAUUUGACGAUAUUGGAGUCCGGGGUGCCUCUGCGUUGGGGUUAGCUGUCUUUUCUGGACAUGUCGCCAUAGUCAAACGGCUGCUUCAAUGCAAAAACAUCGAGCUGGAUAAAACUGCUCAUUUGAAGAGAGGGAGAAGGAAUCGCUUCCUGACUCCACGCGAGAUUGCAGAAGAGAAAGAUUAUUUGGAAAUACUAGACGCCAUUACUGAAUGUGGAGCCAGGCAGAAAGGCGUCUCGGUUGAGGAAUGGAAAGCCAUGCAAGAGAAGAAUGCGUCUAAAUAAGACUGGAAUUGUUGGCACGUGGCUGGGCUAGAUGCGUUUUGUUGCCUUGAUGUUUGUCCAUUUGCACUUCAUGAUUAGAUAACCGAAUGCAUCUUUGGAUACUUGGCUAUCUCUGCAAUAUGAUUUCCGGCCAACAAGUGCCGUGGAUCACAC